GUGAUUUGGAACAGUUGAAUUCUUUUCCCACCAUCGCGGUUUGGAGCGCCGUAAAGUUCGUCAUACACGACAACGCAAAGACGACUUACGCCUUUCUUCCUCUCAUCACCGACCCAGACAAUUUAGACAAGAAAAUGCUGUUUCGCACCUUAGAGGACAGCGAGAAGAAGUUCAUCACGACCGAGGCGCAUUCCCCAUUGUUCGCUGUUGUCAUGAGGAAAAUCGGUGUCCACAAGCAACUGGAGUGCCAUGGAUUUGUUUGUCAGACCUCAGAGGAUGCUAUCGUAAUAGCAGCAACGCUGUACAAAUCGCUGGUGGCGCACAUGAAGGCGAAGGAGAGGAAGCCUAGGAAUAAGAACGGGGUGACUACGUGCAUGUCGAUAGCAUCCAGUGUAUAUAACGAAAAAUCUGGCAAUUCAGUACCUGUUAGACCGCCGAGGAAGAAGAGGAGUUCGACUUCUUCCAUUAUUAGCGAAACAGAUAUCAUGAACAUUUCCGAUACUCAGCCUCUGCUGUCCUCGAAUAACAAACCCCCCAAAAAGAGUUUAAAAUCAAAAAGGGCACCCAAAGCACCAGAAUCGAAAUCCGAGGACCUCGAUGCCAUCCUGCCAUAUGAAGAACCAAUAAGGCCGUUAGAAUUACAGAAUAACUUAACAGUACAAA